CUGUCUCCUGCUAGGACAGUCUUUUACUUGGAAUACAAACUGGCAAAGCUGCUGAUAUGUCCACUAGAUGAAAACUACCCAGAGAGCCGCUAUGAACUUGGGGGCUACAGUCGCCAAUCUGACAGUGCUGCAGUCUCCAGUAUUCCCAGUCAUCCAUCAACAGCUAGGCAGCCCACUGGGGUCCCAAGUCAUGUGCGGCUGAGACUUCCUAGUCAAACUCAGAGCAGCCCAGCUUGCCUAGGAUUCUUUACACGUUUUUCUGGGCAAAUCCCCGUGGAGUUCCCUAGCAUCUUGAGCUGGGACCAGUUUCCAGUUACAGAAUGUAUAAGCAGGCUGCAGCUCCAGAGUCUUCUGGCUGACUCCAGUGCAGAAAGGACAAAUGGAAGGCUCAUGAGUGGCUCUACCAAUGUGGAUGAACCAGUGGGCUCUCCAGUUCCCCUGAGCAGAGGUGCUCUUGGUUCCUUGCCUGAUGAAGAGCUCCCUGAGCUUCAAAUUGAUUGGAGUUGCGAGAAGACAUUCUCAGAACCCAGGAAGGUUUUGCAAUUUGACCUGAAGGAAGUAAAUAACCCUAAGGAAGAGCAGCUGGAUCCUUGUUUGGCUUAUGGCUUUGGAAAUGCUGUUCUGCAGCAGCUAAAAGAAGAUGUCCUAGGGACUAAAGCUGGUAUGAAUUGUUUCAGGGAGUUCCUCCAUGGCACAUUAGGGAUCUAUCUCUUAGACUUCUGGAUUGAUUGUGAGGACUUCAUGGAGCACACCAGGCACUUGGAGGCCACAGCUACACCACAAGAGACCUGGCUAUUCUCUUUUAAUGCUCUCCGGAGCAUUCAGGCCAAGUACAAGUUGACCGUGCCUCCUGCUUCUCAAGAGCCAUUUGGUGAACCUGCAGGCACUCAGGAGACAGCUUUUGUUGCCCUGAGCAGGAAACAAUAUGAUGCUUUGAGACGCUUGCGCUCUUACUGGGUCCCUCGGUUUCUCAUCCACCAUCAGAGGACACAGCAUCUCAGGCUUGAAGAUGAUUCAGGCUCCCAGAUCCAGGAGGAGCUACUGCCGAGUCCUGGCUUCCUGACUUCUUGUAAUGUAGGAGCAUCAUUUUUUGAUCUAUCCAAGGAGAAAAGAAAGAGCAGAUUUGGAUCUACCAGGGAGCCCAACUUUCCACUGGACCCCUUUGAAAUACUGAUGACCACCCGGUUUCUCCAGGUAUUGAUGUGUUAUCUGGGGGAUGGAAACAGUUUUCUUCAUUACUUGACUCGGUUUGAAGAUCCUGAUAAGGUUCAUAACCUGUUGCUGUGGAGGAAACUGAAGUUAUAUGAGGCUGCAUGUGAGCAGCAGGCAAGCCAGCCUGAACUCCAUCGUAUUGCCUUGCAAAUAUUUCACAUAUUUCUGGCACCUAAUGCUGAAUGCAACACAGGGCUUAGUUCCAGUCUGCCAGAAUAUAUCCAGAUUCUUGAGAGGCUGCUUUGCUUUGACCGUGGAGACCUGACAGCUUCCACUUUUGAACCACUAUCUCACUAUGUGCUUGCUGUUCUGGGAGAGGUGUGGCUCCAGUACCUUCGUCAUGAAGUAACAACAUUCCUAGAGUGUUGUGUACCAACAUCAUGCUUUGAUAUCCAAAGUACUGGGAGCAAAAGCAGCAGAGUAAAACUGGAGACAGAUAAGAGGAUAAAUAAGCAACAGAGACGGGAUACUUGGAUUCAUGACACAACAGGCGGCAAGCUGCACAGGAAAAGGCAAAGGAAUAAGGCAGUCCUUGAUCCUCAAAGUGCAGGCAGUGCUGACCAAGAGACCAAAGAAAGAGUCCCAACCCCCAAAUCUCAACAUGUAGGCAGUGCUGACCAUGAGACCAAAGAAAGAGCCUCAACCCCCAAAUCUCAACAUGUAGGCAGUGCUGACCAUGAGACCAGAGAAUGGUUACCAACCCCUGAAAAUGCAUUAGACUUUCUUGGCAACAUGGUUGUGUUAAAGGUCUAUAGAAAGGCAGCUAAAAAAAUGCAGGAUGUGGAGCUGCAACGGAUUCUGAAACUACUGCAGGAAGUAGAAGUUUGUUGUGAUGAACCGCAGAAACGUCUAAAUACUUGGGACAAGCUAGGGGCUGUUGGAUUGAGAGCUGGUUUCCCAGAAGACCUGAAGAUGAGGCUAAAGGAAGAGGUAGCCCAGGGAGAAAUAAGUGACUGCAGCUGGAAUGAAAUCAGAAUUGCCUUGCGUUCAUUCAUUGCUCCUGCUUUUGAGAGGUUUUGGGAGGAGGUGAGUGAGGGGUUGAAGAAGCAUGGAGUGCAACCCUCUCAAGUUGCAGAGGAGCGCUGGUGUCAGCUGGAGCCGUUUCUACACUUGAUAGCUACUAAAGUGGCUCUCAGAAGUUUAAGGAAGCGAAAAACUAAGGAUGGCUCAGCAGCCACUGCUAAGCCUACCAAGGAAGACAAAGCCUCUUUUUGGCAGGCUUUGAGGUGUGCUGCAGAAGGCUGGCCCACCUUGGAGGUGCUCCAUUUCCUCAAACACCUCCAGGUGCAUGGUCCCCCUGUGCUGGAGAGUGGCCUGCAUUUUCUUCUGGAGGUAGAGAAAUUCAAGAACGCCCAUCACGCCUGGCCUGACCUGGCUCUACUGAAAAAAAAGAUCGAGGUGAUACGUGAUUGCUUCCUUGCUUCUCAGAUUGAACCCCGAUUGCAGGUUGCAAUGGAUGCUCAGAGGCUGAAGAGAGCAAUCCAGGCUGCUGAGAAGGCCCUCCAGAAGGAGAUUCUUGUGCCCCCUCCAAGCUUGUUUGAUGAGCUGAAGAAUUCAAUCUUCAACAUCUUGCUGCCCUACUGGGCUGCCUUCCAAAAGUGCUGGCUCAAGCUCUCCCCAGCAAGUGCACAGAAAACUCCAGUGCUGAGAAAUCAGCUGCUCCUCCAGAAGAGACGGGCCAAGUUUGAAUGCCUAUGGAGGCCACCACAUAUUCUCCAGCUUCCCCCACUUCAGCCUCCGGUGGAUGUCCAGAGGGCUCAGGCUGGUUUUACCUACACCUUCUCCAUUAGCAGAGGCCUCACGCAGCAGGACAUCAACAAAGAAGGCAUAAGCCCCAGUAAAACUAGUUCUGUGCUUGGAAACAAGAAAAGGAUGGGUGGAUUGCAGUUGCCAUCACUUUCCAAUGUGCCAGCAUUGAUCUGAGGCAGGAAGAAGGAAGAUAUCAUUGCACAGAUCCCGAGGCUUUGCUGUUAACACCGAGUGGCAGCUUGAAGCAGUCUGCAGAGUGUUCUACAAUCAUGCUUUGAGAAAAUGCUAGCUUGAUUUAGCAGAGGAACAAAAAAGGAUAAACUGAACAGCUAAGGGAUGAACUCAAUACAUACCUACUACUGGCCAGGGCUAUAAUGCAAAGCAUUUAAAUGUGACUGAAAUUGUUGAGGAUCCUUUAAGUGCCAAGAUUUCAAGACCUUUGGGUGAUCUCCUCAAUGCUACCAAUCUUUACCAAGCAGGGUUAUUGUCUAUGCUGAUGGAAUCAUGAUUAGUUUCUGCCAUCCAGGAGGCAGAGCCGUCUUCCUGCCCCUACUGCUAAUGUUACAGGGGUGGUUCUAAGAAGCACAGAGCUGCAAAAGAACAGCUUGCUCUCCCUUCAGGGAAGAGUCACUCCCCCCCUUCCCCCAGGAUUUCCUGCUCUAACAUAUUAAAGUCACUUAGCAGUUGCUGGCCCUUUUAUCCUUAGGAAAGUCAUUUCUUGAACAGCUGAAAGCUGUCGCCAGACCACAGCAGUGAAACAAUGUUAGAGGUUAAUUGUGCAGCUGUGCUUGAUUCCAGUCUGAGUUGGGAUAGCCUGCAGAUAGGCAGACACACUUGCUAAUUACAACUGCCCUUCAUUCCAUAAAGCCCUCCUCCUUCUAGUCAACCCUGUGUGGUCUAGGCAGGCCCGAAUGGAGCUGCCAGGCAUUCAUGUUCUUCUCCUCACUGGCCAGCAAAAGGGUAGUAUAGUUAAUAAUCUGGAUUUUGCCUUAGAAGGGCUAUGGCAAAACAUGUACUGGCUUGUGGCAACUGUGAGCAGGAAGUGUAUGUGGUGGAAAUGGAACAAAACUAAUGAGGGAUGAAGACAAUCCAGACUUGUUCAGCCAUGCUACUGACAGCUUGUCAGAUACUCAUAGGCAUGGCUAGUUCAAAUUACCAUGUAUUCUUAUCUCAUUUUUUAAUUCACUUUUACUUUCUGUAAAUCUCUGUUUAUCCACUUUGCACUUCCCCUCCCAAAAGUAAAUUCAUAAACUCUU